GACACCGAGGUAGACAGACACAGGUAGAUGUACACGCUUUGUGGGGCAUGAAUUACAGGUAAACAACCAUGGCUCCAUACUGAACACCAUGUUUACCUAGAGAUCGGAUCUGGCCAUGGUGGGGUCCAAGAUCUUGCAGCUGAAGACAACAGACAAUUGGGACACAUUGUGCGAGUCACUGCUUCUGUGGGGGUAAGAGUUUCAUGAUUUACUUGACGCUUCUCUUCUAUUUGCUCAACAAUGGGGUUUUGGACAUGGUGUAUCUGUUUGGCAGCCAUUUUUAUGGUUGCCAUGGCAGCAGAGGAAGAAGUUUCAGGCGUGAUCGUUAUGUACGAUCAUCCUGCGAACCUUAGCUGCAAGGACAAUUCCUUCGACCCCAAUACAACACAGAUGACUGGAUACCUUCUGAUGUGGCUGCUUCCUAACGGCGACCUCGUGAAAACUUCCGACGACCAUGACAGAGUGACUGUCUUUGACGAAGGCAGACAGAUAACGGUGAAGAAGGUUGACGAUGUUGACUUUGGUAUCUACAACUGUAUCAUCUACAGCAGCCAGUAUGGAUAUCAAAUAGUUCAGACAGGCAUCAACCUGAAUGGUCCAUACUGGGGGGACCUGACAGCGAAGUACCGCAUGAACUUUAUUGUCGGGGCAGUAGCAGCAGCCGUGGUCUUUUUAAUCAUGAUGGGGUUCUGCUACUGGAUUGGCAGAAACAGCACCUUGGAUACGGAUGAGGAUGAAAGAGUGAAAGCGUCCACUCUCUGGAAGUCUGACCUUGGUGUCGACAAUGCUGCGGUGGAGUUGGGUGACGUCCAAGUCGACACUAAGACAGCACCGGAAAAUGGAAACGUACCAAUUUAUACCGAAAUAAGGAACGAUCUGGCUACGAAACUGUAGACGCCAUAUAUGAGUCUGAGUUUGAACUGUUGAUACAGCUAUGAGUUAAUGCCACCAAAUGCAUACAUUUAUAUUUCCUUUUCUAUAGGUCUCAGUGCUUUUGACCAUGGCAAUGAUGACAGAACUGUCUUUGACAUUUUUACUUGUUGCAAGAUCAGUGAAAGAUAGUGGGUGUGCUUACUGUUAAGACAUUGUUACGAAUUUGAACAUUUGAUUCAGAAAGGUUUGUCUUUAUUAGUAAAAGCAGAGGAAACAGAGGUCAUAAAAAACACUAUUCACACCUGGUCUUGCACAUUUGAUCGUCUGUGAAAGAGAUAUGUUUAUAUACUGAAAACUCAAAAAUGUUGAUUCAAGAAUUUCAAUAAAAUCAGUUGCUCACCUCAUGUUAACAAAAGAGUUCAUUUAUUUUGCCUACAAUAUAUUGCCCUAUAUACAAAACUGAGGACCUAAACAAAGUACCUUCUUCGUCCCCACAUACGUACAAUGUGUAAAGCUCAUUUCUUGUGUAUUGCUGGAAUGUUGCUAAGAGCGGCACAAAUCCCUCUCUCAAACCACCCCUUAAAUGUGUGUAUAAUUUGUAUUUCCUCAAUUGAUUUGUGAAAUAACACUAAAUGGUCACUAAAUGUGGAAACCAAGGGAGACAACUCUUCAUCAACCACAAUGUUAUUGUCCCUUUAUAACUUUGAACGUAACUAAGCUGAAAGUUGUGUGACAUAUAUAUUAUUAGUACACCAUAUUGUAUGACUACUUUAGGGUUAUUUCGUACUAGCUAUACUGUUUUGGGUUUUUUUGUAAUUAAACAGUUGGAAGUUUUAACCGGAUAUCUUUAUACUCAUAUGUUCAUAGACUUCAUGUAUAUGAAUUCAUUAUGAUAAUAAAACAGUAUAACACAA